ACCACAACCAAAGACUAACAUGUUACCCAUGGCUGGUUCUUCCUCCUUCAAUUCCCCAUUUUGGUGCCCUUGCCGAUCAAGGACAGCUAGACGAUUUGGGCGGCUCAAAUGUCAAAUUCUUCCCAUUAUAUACCCCUAGUAGCCCUUCACUCGUUGAAUUUUCACCUACAUCCUUUCCAUGCUGUUGCUUCCUUCAUCUCUGAGCUCGUUCCAGACAGCGACAUCGAAUUUGUCGUACUCACCACGUAACUCCUUGGACCCCCGGCGUAGUGGUGAACGACUUUUGUACAAAACCCACUCAUCGUUGCCACCUGCCGAUGAGUCUUCUGCCAAUGCUUCCACACCAAUAAGAGACCAUAAAAGACUGGUUUCUAAUCCAUUCGAGGUGCUUUAUCGUGGUAAUGAUUCAUCCUACCCUUCUCAGGAUCCAAAAUCUUUUCUUACUCCCCAACAGAACUCGAAUCCUCAAUUCCAGAAGCAGACUCCGAUAAAUCUAUAUACACCCAAAAACGUAUACACGCCAGAACACAUCAUUUCUCCAACCAACGGGGUCCGACGCCCAAUCACAGAUAUUCCUCCGGUUAUUACUAUGAUUGAUCAGGAGGAAUUGAAAAGAUCGAAUUCGGUUAUUUCUCGGGAAGCCUCGUUGAGGAAUCGGUUCAAUAUCGCAAGAAGAAAUAAAAUGAUCAAUAAGAAAUCCCUUGAUAUCAACGGUUCCACAUUUGAUAGCGAUUCCAUCUAUGACUCAGAAAAUAAGAAAUACCCCCAAAAAAAGAAGCCAUGGAACCGAAAAAUUCAGUUUAUGUUCCCUGUAAAAAGAAGAACUUCCUUAAAGCAGAAGUCUGCAUAUCAAUUAUUAAGAAGUUACAGAGCCAAAAGAGCUAACUUUCAAACCAAAGAGGAGCUUGAGCAGUUCUUAAACCAAACCAAUGCCUCAAAACUUAUGAAGGAACUACUUCCGACUCAAAUGAAGCUUUUCAACUAUUCCAAUGCAGGCUUAUUGACGAGAAAACCAUUGUUGGACAAGAAGACCAGAUAUUUCAAUAUUAAUAACAACAAUGUCUUUACCAUUGUUCCUCCAUCAAUCCGCCGGGCGAAUCAUUCCUUACCUUUCCAAGACUACCGAAAGAGUGGGAUUUCAAAUCAAUCCGACCAUAAGGAAUUCAGUUUAGUGGAUGCUAUUUAUAACCAAUACAGGUCCCGAGUACAUGCCGGACAGUACAAUAUACCUCCUAAGUUCUCUGAGUUCUUCCCUGAAGAGCUCGAUAAGAACAUAAUAAGUGCUUCCGAUAUUGAUCAUAUGAAUAGAAAAGCGUUGUUUGAAGUUUUAUUGAGAAGAACUUUGGCUGCAAAAAUUGAAUACCGCUUGCAACAGAAUAGAGAAAUGGAAAGUACCGAAUAUCAGAAAAAGGAAUCAUCCUCUUCUGAUGGAUCGAGCUCAAAGUCCAGCGACGAUGAUAAUGACCACAUCAGACACAGCCACGUUCCCAAAUUAGUCCAUACUGAUUCAGAAGAUUCUCCUGAUGAUAGUUCAAUUAAUACCGAUGAUUUGAUGGAACAAAAUGCCUCUUUGUUCUCCGGGUUAUUGCCUUCUCCCCAGAUCAGUUAUAAGUCGAAUAUUUUUGGCAGCGAUUUCAAACUUCAAUCAAUCGAAGACUUUGACGAUGAUGACAUGAGUUCAAAGGCCAGAAGACAUGAUAAUAAACUGAGACGAACCGCCUCCACAAAUGAUCUAUUACACUUGGUCAGACAUACCACGCCAACACAAGACCCUGAUCCAGCUUCCUCCCCCUUCAACAUCACUGCCUUCAACCUCAAAAAAUAUUCUCGGGAAUCUCGUAGCGUCAAACGAGAUGAAGAGUUAAGUGUUCUAGAAAAAGCUCUAGGAAAACCUAGAUUCACCUACCAGUUAGUCCCUAUGAACCGAUCCGUGGAAACCUUCUCAUCUUCUUCGGAAUCCGGUAUGCUUUCAAGAACUCCUCCGGUAGAGUUGAGCAGAAACAACUCUCUUAAAUCCUUCAGGUCCAAUAGUGUGGUACUUCGCAGGACCUCAAAGAAUGUGGGUUCCAACUCCGGUAGUGGGGGGAAAAGGGACAGUACUUCCACUGCAAUAACAUCAACACCUACAGAUAGUACCAAGAGACACAGCAACACACAAUCCAGCGAUAGCACCAAAAGACACAGUAAUACUCAAUCCACUACUAGCACUUCAAUUUUUCAAGAUUUGGACGAUUUGUCUUGUCAGUUGACUUCAUUCAUCGAAGACCCCGAACCUGAAAAACAUGAGCAGCAUCGUUUCGUACACAAAAAUGUCAUUACUUCUGAUCACCCCUUAUACACGUUUCAACAUUCAGAACAAGCAAACUUAUCCAAUCAAAAUAUCUUAGAAACCAUCAAACUAUCGGAUCCUUCAAAUGAACUUACUAUUGAAUCUCCCACCACACAACCAACCCCCAAAAAAGUGAACUACCCACAAGAAGUAAAUUCCAUGAAAGGAUCGAUAUCAGUAAUUGAUUCUGAAACCUCGACAAGUUAUUCACACACCAGAUAUCAGCCCCAAUCUUUCGGUCACAACUACAACCUCCGUUCAAUCAAUGCAACCGCUGGUAAAGUGUUAAGAAGAGAUGAUAGCAUGUCUACCCGAACUGGUGUCACUUUUGGUGGAGUAGAAGGUAGGCUCUCUCCCACCAAGCAACUCUUUGAGUUCCAACAGCAUAAAGAUACCGAGUAGCCUUCCAUAUAUGCAUUCCCUUGUAAACUAUUUGUAUAUUAUAUGAUACAUCAUAACUGAUUAGAUGCUUUCUCAACUAAUUUCCCUAUACUACAUAUUAAAUCAGAUGCUUUUCAACUAACUUAUUUGUAUAUUACAUAUUAAAUCAAACCAAUACAAACCCCCAUAAACCAUAACUCGGGUCGCUCAGUGCUUGAACGACUCACACCGAGGGAUAAUGUACAUUUUAGUUCUCUUGGCAAUCUCACGAUCACUAAGUUUGGACUCACCGGCUCCAGGAUCCAAGAUGUUGAGUAAAGGCAAGGGAAACCUGCUGUCCCUCACACCUUCCAAAACCGUAAAAAAAUCGUUGAUGGUGAUGAGAUUACUUUCAUGGAGAGCCAUCAAUUUGGUGAACCAAGGCCGGUCCUUCUGGUAGGUUUGAGGAUCAUUCGCUCCUGGGACUCCCUGGGGACUGUGAAAUUCUGCGAUGCCAGUGCUCGACAAAUCUCCUUCGAAAUCACCGUGUAGGCUUCUUUUCUCCAUUGAAACAUCAUGUGAGGAUAAGUCAGGCACCUGGUUGGAAGCAGUAUGGCCAUGGCCAUGGUGCUGGUUGUGCGACUGCGACACCAACUGUUGAUACAGAUUGGGGUGUGUGUGAUUGUGCUGAAGUUGAAUAUGGGGUUGAUGGUGGUCCACGCUCAGGCCCGCGAGAUGAGAUAUAUGGUCUGCAUUAUUCGGGUGGUCAUGGCCAUUUGAGUUUGUGGUAGAAGCCGAGAACUGGUUGUACCCCAAUGAUACGACGCUGGUAGAGGAGUUGUCGCUGGCGGGAAUGGAGCUCGAGCCGUUAUACUUAUCGGGUGUUCUUUUAGCUCUUAUCAUCUGCAACGGCUUUUGAUAAUCUGUGUUGAAACCCUCGUAUUUGAACUUGGGAAUGUCGUUAUAGAUACUCCCAAACCCUUCCAUGUACAGCGGAUCUGAAUCUAUCAACAUAGGCAACACUUCAUUGUGAUAGUCAGACAUGUACAGAAAAUUAUCCGAAAGGAAGAAAUCAUUCACCACUACAUUCCCCUUUGGAAAUUUUUCCACCAGUGGUAACGGCAACGACUCUCCAUAGAUUAUGGACUUGAUGAUGCUCUCAUCGGUUAUUACUGUGUUGUCUGCCGUGACAAUGAUCUGAAAACUUCCCAAGUUUGGAUUCCAUUUGAAUGAGUAGCCCACGUUUGGGUCUGCAUUUUUACUAUGCAACAUCAAAGUAUACCACAAUUUGUACCGGUUGUGGAUCACAUGAAUCAAAUGCUGCUGACAUGAGUACUUGGUGUACGUGGCAUACACGGUUUCAGGGUUGGCGAUUCUGAGUUGGUUACAUAUGUAUGCCCAUGCCUUUUUGUUCAAUUGAGGUCUUUCCUCUUUGGCAUAACUGUGAACCACAUCUGAUAAGAGCUUGAUCAAGAACUGAUCCAUUUUCGGCGACCAUCUCUUGUACUUGGCGGCUUUGGACUUCAAAUCGUAGGGUGUAAACUUGAUGGACUUUCCAUGCAUUUUUGCAUGCAGGGGGUUUGCGUUCAUCCUAUGAGGAAAGUUGACACGCAAAUAGUAUGUGACAGAUGUGUGUGUUAGCGUGCUGGCUAUUGAAUGAUUGGCAACCACGUCUAUUACAAUAUUAUUGCGGUAUUCUUAGUUCUAUGAUCUAAAUUGUAAAAAAAAUAUCUCAACCUGCAAUUUGCGCUGGCCUUUCGCGAGCAUGAUUUUGUGUAUAUUGUGGGGCUGAAACACUACCAAUAUGGCUAGUUCUACGAACCGUUGAACCGGUGCAAAAAUCUCCCACUUCCAACUCGUUUCCCAGACUUAGGGUCAGCAAUGGCAUCGAUGUUGGUGAAAUAAUCCUUUUUGUCAGACUGACUUUGGGCAUAACUAAGAAGCCUGUCAGACUUUGACUGCGAAUUAUCUGAACUCUUUCCAAUCACUCGGUGGAAUGAUAUGUCAUCAGUCUGGUACAAGGACGAGGCCGCCGAUUCCCGUAGUUUGCGGUUCAAGAGAUGCUCCCCGUGUGACUCCUGAAUACGGUUGUAUUUGUCGAGCAUUUCGUAUACUCUUUUCCGCUUGAUAGAGAGUUGUUGGCUGACAGGCGUAGAAUUUGAGGCAUUGGAAGGACCUGGGGUAGAAAUUGGAGUGGAAGUUGUUCCACCUGCAAGUAAAGACGCGUUCAAAUGGUUGACCGCGGAUACAGAAGACAACCGGUUGUGUAAUGUUGUGUAAGUGGAGGAUUGGGGGAGAAUCAUCAACAAUCCAUAUAAUGUUUUGUAGAGGUAUGGAUUUUUCUCUGGUUCCAACAAUUGUAGCCUCAAUUUGAGGAAAAUUGGAGACUCUAAGAGUUGAACCAAAAUAUCCAAUUGGGUUAAAAGUUGGUAGGUUACUUCCAGUUCAGCUAUGCUUUUAAUAAUCAAAAAUGCAAGGUCAUAAUUUGCAGUCAAAAGACAGAUUGAUAAGGCACUUGCAGAGUUAUGACUCCAACUUUGAAACAACGUUGAAAAUAAUGUCCAGUCUUCCAACUUGUACACGUCAAGAUUCUUAAGUUUCUUUCUGAACUUUGUCAACUCAGGGGUGGUCAAAAGGAUAUUAUUCAAGGUGACCACAAUCAUGUUUAAAAACUCAUGGUUCACGUCUUCCAAAGAUGUCAAUACUUCAGAUAUGGUCUUAAAAAUCUUUUCUGAAUCCAAGGUAACACAUAACUUCCGAAUGAUAAAUUCCACCUUACUUCGGGUUAAUGUAGACAGACCAGCAACUCUUGUUCUAGAGUUGGGGCUAUCGAGGUUAAUGUCUUGCACUUCCUUUUCAAAAAAUAGUAUCAACUUCACCAUGAAAUCUUUGAAAAAAUCUUGAUUUGUUUCUGAAAUCUUUGAUAAUAAUUGCAACACCUUCAGGAUAACUUCAUUACUAGAAUCGGUUGCC